AUGCCAGCUCUUUCCCCACGCACCUCGCACUACUCGAUGCAAAUGACACCUCGCCAACCAGAGGUGCUGCUGAACGAGGGCCACGAGUUGGCGACGUGGGAGAAGUGCGUUGAGAUCGGACGCGUAGUGUCCUACUUUCUAGGCUCCGUGCUCUUCCUGAUCGGCUCCAUCUACUUCUACCCGGAGUACUCUGUCCUCUGGGACGGCGAUGCCGGUGUCUUCGCCAGUUGGUGCUAUGUCGCCGGCUGCAUCAUGUUCUUCACCGGCGCCAAUCUCGACUUCGUUCAGACCAUCCGCUACAACCACGGCACACAGUUGCGUCAAGUUGUGCGGGCUUUCAACUCUCUGACCAACUACAUGGCCUCAUCCAUCUUCAUUCUUGGAGCGCUCUACUUCCUGCCCACCUGGUACCCCAAAGCGCCCGAGCUUGGCUGUUGGUCGUUCUUCGUCGGCUGCAUCCUCUUCUGCGCUGCCGCCAUCGUCGAUCUCAUCUUCAUCGCCGUGACCCACGAGGACACACGAGCCACGGGUUUCAAGAUCAAGAACAUCGUCUGCUGGGGCACUAUCGCGGCGCUCGGCACAUUCAUCGGUGCGUUGUUCUUCAUCCUCGGUAGUUGGUACUACCUACCCCGAUACAUCAAUCGCGUUGACGAUGGAACGCACUACAUGAACAAGGCCAUCUCGUUCUACGUAACAGGUAGCGUGUUCUUCAUCAUCAACAGCUUGGCGAUCAUCCCUGAGGUCUAUGGUGCGGUCAAGGCAACCGGACGUAAAAACAACGUGGGCAGCAAAGUAUAA